AUGCCAGGAUACGACAGCUUAGCAGAAUUCAUGUCUUCCAGACAAGACGUGAGCAUCCUGAGACGAUUCUCGGCUCUAAAUACCGAGACGCUGUUGCACAUGCAGGCGGAACUUCUUGGUCUUGAAUUGACGGUCGAGGAGCUGAGGGCGAAUCCAGACUUGAACGGGUUCAAUGCAUCGUGGCUCGGAGCACCCUAUACAGACGCCAAUACUGUGAUUACUAGCGUGUUCGAGAGGAUCCGGACGCUGUUGGACAAGUACUACAGCACAAUCUUGCAGACGGCCAGAAUUAACGCACUUGACAAACCUGCAAGUGACAGCUUUGAGUUACUGCAACGGUGGUAUGACAGUGACGAAGAGCAUGGCGGAAAAGCCUUCCUUGAGGGUACUGGUAUUGAAGAGGCGGUGUUUCGAGACUCAAGGAUUCGAGAGGACUUGUUAAGUAUAAAUCCAAGGCCUGGGAAAGAUGAUCCGAUCGCUAUCUUCGUUGGCAAAUGGAUCGUUCCUGUUUACGACAGAUUUAUUGGAUAUCGUCUUUCCGCGCACCGUGCCAAGUCCCUGCAAGCUGUCGAAAAUGCUCGCGAAUAUGAGAUGAAGGCGCUGAAGAUGCUUGGAAACGUCAUCUGCAUGAUUGUUUCAGCGGUGAUGCCUGCUUUGGCGAUACUCAUCCUCUUCAAUCUCAGGUCGACCAUGGCCAGGCUGGUAGCGGUAGUCCUCCUGAGUUUGGGAUUUGCAAUGGUUAUGGCUGUUGUGGCAUCUAGAAAGGCAGACGUCUUCAUGGCAACGACAGCGUUCGCCGCGGUACUCGUGGUGUUCGUUGGUUCUACUGAUGAUCUUGGUGGAUAA